AUCAGUAAAGUUAAAACGUGACCGAGCGUCAUCGAACAGGCGGAGGGCUGUGAUUGGUCGGUUUCUGUGUGUUAUUGUACAGCUGUCAGUGCUGCUGCACGGUGCUGUGGGAGUUGACAUACCAUCCAACGCUCUUGACGAGGAACGACAAGUCUAAAGAGAAACGUCAUUACGUAACGUGCCAAGGGGGUAAUUUGCGCCAACGUUUGCUGCUGGGUGGUGGAAGAACGCCUAACGUUAGUCUCCUUGACUUCCAGCUGCCUUACGACGACGACAAAGCUCAUUCACAGCUGACACAAGUUACCAUUGCAUGUUUCAAUACGGAGUCGAGGUGACUCCGAAAACAGUUUGACACAGGUGGGAAGGUGGAGAGGGGCUGUAGGCAGACCCAUGGCCGCAGUGCAUCACCCAAGGUGUCCACUCAGGGACUCACUUUACUGGGAUGAAACAGAGUGCCUGAACUACUAUGGGAUGUUGUCUCUCCAUGAGGUCUUUGAAGUAGUUGGUUGUCAGCUGACAGAGACUGACAUUGAAGUGUUGUCAUUCCUUCUUGAUGAAACCUGUCCUGCACCACACCCUUUUGAUCCAACUGGUUGGACAGUUGAGCCCUGUGGUGGCGAUCCAAAUGACAUGGGCAUGUCCCCGAGUCCUGAGCUUCUAAAGGUCUGGAUGCGGUCAAAGCCUCAGGGCUCUCAGCAUCCCUUUGUAGCCUCAUAUAAGCCCAAGACUGGCCUUGACCUGUUGUUGGAACUGGAGAGGCGAGGAUACCUCAGUGAUGGCAACCUGGAGCCACUAAUGAAACUACUCAGAGUCCUUACACGUCAUGACCUGCUGCCUUUAGUGUCCCAUAAGAAAAGGAGGACAGUGUCUCCAGAGAGAUUUGGACAAAGUUAUGGAAUAGAGCAUAGAGAGGUGGUGUUCACCUCUGGAAUGCAACACAGCUACAGACCAACAGAAAUACCUCUUUCAUCUUUCACACAGCAUUUGAGAACUGGUGUUUACCCUCCAAUGCCUGGGCCAUCUGCUAGGAGGAGGAGGAAGAAGAGGGGAAAUGGCUGGAGCCGCAGGCCCAAGAAAACAAGCAGACAGGGCCUGCCACUGCUUCCACCGCCACGGCCACAUAAAGAAUCCUGCGAUAUCCGCCUGCGUGUCCGUGCUGAAUACCUGGAGCAUGAUUCGGCACUCCGCGAGGGUGUCUCAUCGGACAAACGGCAGCCCCUGGAGCGGCAGUUUGAGUUGUUCAGCCAGGCCAACUCGCUGCUUCGUGCCAGAGACCUGGGUUCCAUCGUGUGCGACAUCAAGUUCACAGAGCUGGACAACCUCGAGGCCUUCUGGGGUGACUACCUGAGUGGAGCUCUGCUGGAGGCCCUGAAGGGAGUUUUCAUCACUGAUUCCCUGAGGAUGGCAGCAGGCACGGAGGGUGUCCGCCUGCUGAUCAGUGUGGACCAGGAUGACUACGAGCAGGGCCGAAUGCUGCUGAGUGCAAAGAGAAGGCUGUCAACCAGUAAUGGUGGGAAUACAGAGACUCACUUGGCUGUAUAGACUGAUCAGACUCUUUUGGGUGUGUUAUACUAACUUUGAAGAAUUACAUAUUAGGGGUGCUAUUUAAAGUUAUGUUGUAAAUUUUCAAGCAUUUAUGAGGCCUCCUUUUGUAGGUGCAAUUCAUGUAAUAACCACUAGAUGGCAGCACUUACCAUUGGUUGUUAAGGUUCAUUACAGGCCUCACAUUUUCAGAAUUGUCAGUUUUUUUGUUGAAACAUUACCACAAUUUAUGAAAGAAAAUUGAAUAAUAAUGAAUCAAUGUGCUCUCCCUUGGGAUUCAUGCACAGGUGCUACUUUGUAGGACACCAGGAUGAAACAGGAUGUAUCAAGAUAUUUCUUCUUAGUCUCAGUGAGAACAGGAGCAUGCAAGCCUGUGCCUAAAGAAGUGGUAAGCCCCUCAUAACAUUAUCAUCUUAAAUAAAUAAGGUUAAGACAACUGCUGUGCCACAGAUUACAGAAAAUACCUAAAAUAACUGUGUAGUAUGAACACAUCCACAUGCCAGACUGUACAUCGACACAGACUAAAUGGGCCACAUCAGAUCAGUCACUGAAAUCAAGCAUUUGUUGACCAUUUUGUCCACAUUUAUUCAUGGAAAGGUGAUUUCAGAUUUCAAGAUGGCUCUUGAAAUUCUCAAAAUACAAACCGAGGGUUCAAACUGGGUUCCAUUGACAUAUUAUACUUGAAGAAAAAUGAUCAUGUUAACUGGCACUUUUUAAAAAAAAAUUAAAACUGAUUUAAAGAACAAAGAAACACACCAAGAAAAGUUUCUGAUCUUUAAGAAUGUGAGAGAAUUUAACACAGAUGAAAAAAGUUGGCUGCUCUCAGUACAGAUUGACCUCUGUGUCCAACUUUAGAGAGCCUAGUCCACGCAUAAUACACCUAGAUAACAAACACUGGGAUUCUCAGCCCUGUGUGCCACGAUAACCCGACUUGUGAUUGCCGUGGUCAGUGGAUACGGCAGUUGCCAGUAGAUGACAGCAGUGAUUAGGGCUAGGCCUCAGCAGACCAUGGAAGAUUCAUCAUCCCAAGCUUGUCAACAGCAACCCAGGAUAAUGCAAUGGCGGCUUGUGUCUGGGCUUCCAGCUAGGCCUCACCAAGUGCUUCUCUCAGCAAGUAAAGCACAGGACAGUGCGUCGGUCAAUAGAAGUGAUGUUGGGGAGAUCAAAAUCAAAAGUGCACAUCCCAGCUCCACUCAGCCCUGCUAUGUAGGCCCAGUAGAGUGGCUCACGGACAGCUGUCUACCCACCCUGCUGGAACUAAUGCCUGGACUUCACUCAUAGAAGACGAUCAAUAAGGCCCCUCCUCUAAGUCCCUUCAUACAGGCACGACUUAAGCAGGCAGACUUGCUACUGUCUGAAGUGCAGGGCUAGGCAGAGGGAGGGACAAAGGACAUAUUUCCAUGUUUACUUCAUUGUGUUUUUCAUACUAAGUUUGUGAAAGUAUAAUUGUAUUGUUUAUAGUAGAAAAAGAAACUAAUCCAGGAGAACAUUUUUGUUAAAGAAAUAUUUCUUUUGUUAUGCCACUACUUUUUGUGGAAAUCUUUAUAUAUGAGAUAUUAUUUUGGGUGGAUAAUAAAGCUUUG